AUGUCUGCUGUCUAUCCUCCCGGUGGUACCAUCGUCCAGUCGCUCAAGCGAACCUUCGCCGACGUUCCUGUCGAUGAGGCCAAUGGCAAUGCUGUCUCUACCGUUGAGUUUCUAGAGGCUUCUGAGUCUCUGACCACCAUCUUUGAUGCCAUUGGUGGUGUUGCUUUCGGCCCCGUCAAGAAGGAUAUUCUUGGCAACGUCGAGAAGCUCCGUGCUCGCCACGCCGCUGCUCCCGCCGAGUCCGCUACCGUCCAGGACCUUGUCCGCAACGAGCUCAAGACUGGCAAGCACACUGCCACCGAGGGCUGCCUCUGGCUCGUCCGUGGUCUUGACUUCACCAAGCAGGGCCUCGAGCACAACGUCCAAAACCCCUCCGUCGAGCUCUCCGACUCCUUCCGCGACGCAUAUGGCAACACUCUGAAGCCCCACCACAGCUUCAUGGUCAAGCCCAUCUUCAGCGCUGCCAUGUCCGCUGUUCCCUACCGAAAGGACUUCUACGCCAAGCUUGGGGACAACCCUGAGAAGGUCCAGACCGAUCUUGAGGCUUAUCUUGCUUCUUUCUCGAAGGUCGUUGCCAUCCUCAAGGAAUUUAUCAACAGCAAGGAGGCCAAGUGGUAA